CAGUCCGCCCGCUGGAGACAGAGCCUCCAAGACUCCCAGCUUCCUCCUCGCCGCCGCCGCCGCCUCCUUUUCUCCUCCUCUCCUUCCUCCUCCUCUCCCUCCUCCUCUUUUCCCUCCUCCUCCUCCCUCACUCCCUCAGCCAUGUCUGCUUAGACCAUAGCCGCCCCACAGGCAACUCGGGCAGCCGCCGCCGCCACUGCAGCCGGGACAGUCGCCGCCGCCAGCGAGAGAUGACAGGAGUGUUUGACAGAAGGGUCCCCAGCAUCCGAUCCGGCGACUUCCAAGCUCCCUUCCAGACCUCUGCAGCCAUGCACCACCCAUCUCAGGAAUCGCCAACUUUACCGGAGUCGUCGGCUACCGAUUCCGACUACUACAGCCCCACUGGGGGAGCCCCGCACGGCUACUGCUCUCCUACCUCGGCUUCCUAUGGCAAAGCGCUCAACCCCUACCAGUACCAGUACCACGGUGUGAACAGCUCGGCAGGAAGCUACCCCGCCAAGGCUUACGCAGACUACAGCUACGCCAGCCCCUACCACCAGUACGGCGGCGCCUACAACCGUGUCCCAAGCGCCACCAAUCAGCCAGAGAAAGAAGUUGCCGAACCCGAGGUGAGGAUGGUGAAUGGCAAACCAAAGAAAGUUCGUAAACCCAGGACUAUUUAUUCCAGCUUUCAGCUGGCCGCAUUACAGAGAAGGUUUCAGAAGACUCAGUACCUCGCCCUGCCGGAACGCGCCGAGCUGGCCGCCUCGCUGGGACUGACGCAAACACAGGUGAAAAUCUGGUUUCAGAACAAAAGAUCCAAGAUCAAGAAGAUCAUGAAAAAUGGGGAGAUGCCCCCGGAGCACAGUCCCAGCUCCAGCGACCAGGCGUGUAACUCGCCGCAAUCUCCGGCGGUGUGGGAACCCCAGGGCUCGUCCCGCUCUCUCAGUCACCACCCUCAUGCCCACCCUCCGGCCUCCAACCCGUCCCCAGCUUCCAGCUACUUGGAGAACUCAGCUUCCUGGUACCCGAGCGCAGCCAGCUCUAUCAAUUCCCACCUGCCGCCGCCAGGCUCCUUACAGCACCCGUUGGCAUUGGCCUCGGGGACACUUUAUUAGACGGGCCUGUUUCUCUUGCUCUGUUUUUUUUUUUUUUUUGGGGGGGGGGGAACUACUGCGUUUUGCUGUUUUAGAAAAAUCAUAAAGGAAGGAAUUCAUAUGGGGAAGUUUGGAAAACGGAAACAAAAAAGAUUCAUGUAUAAAGCUUUUUUUUUUUUUUUGCAUGUAAGUUAUUGCAUUUCAACGGACUCCUAUUCCCCCCUCCUUUUAUUUUUUUUUAACAGAUGAACUUUUGCGCAACUGUGGACACUAUCAAUGGUGCCUUGAAAUCUAUGACCUCAAGCUUUUUGAAAGACUUUUUUCAAUGUUAUUUUAAUCGUGUAAAUAAGUGUAGAUAGAGGAAUUAAACUGUAUAUUCUGGAUAAAUAAAAUUAUUUCAGCCAUGAAA